CAAGUUCAUAAAGAUUACGCAGAAAAUAAUGGCCAUCAUAAUGACUUCAAUGUGCUCUUGACGAAUGCAGAUAGGGUUUGGCGUCGCAUAUAAAUAUGCAGUCAAUCUUCUGUACAACACACUGAUUAUCCUACUCAACCGCACAAUACUUCAUACUCCUUCAACCUCAUCAAUAUCUUAUACAUAUCAAAAUGACUGAUAAUCGCAACCCCGGUAAUUUCGCCAACCGGCCUCACGAAGAAGUCGAGAAUAUUGCUCGGCAGGGUGGACAGUCUAGCCACCAGGGAGGGUUUGCUUCGAUGGAUCCCGGCAAGCAGAAGGACAUUGCUUCGAAGGGCGGUCACGCUUCAGGCGGAAGCUUCCAGCCCGGUGACGAGAGAGCCAAGGAAGCAGGACGAAAGGGAGGCCAAUCAUAUGACCAGCCAGAUGAAUAGGGCGGUUCAUUGUCAUUAUGCUUGAAUUUUGAUCACGACUCAAACUACAAGCCGCGUUUGUUGUAACAAAAAGUAUAAUAAAUCUAAUCUAUGUCAGCAGUCAAUAGUUAAAUAUUAUAUGUACACGG